UUUUUUUUUCUUUCACUUACAUUAACACACCCUUCUCCCUCUUUAAAACCAAAGUAACAUAGAAAAGGAAUCUUAAGGAUAAAAAUAUAAACUGACUCUUUUUUUCUUUAGAAACAUGUCGUGGAACUCAAAGACUUGGUCCUGGGUGAAGAAAUACUUCUCUGUGAAUCCUUUAUCUACUGAUGGUAUGCCUCCUGUUGGUAAAUUCCGUACUCCUUCACCUGGUUCUCGACCCGAAAAGUACGUUUAUCCCAAGUCUGCUGCUUCUAAUGUGAACAACAAUUAUUAUUUCCAACGUGAUGUUCGACGUAACUAUCCUCGUUUGACUGUUUAUACUCAACAAAGUGUUGCUGGUCUUUUAGAAGGCAAUGUCACCACCAAAGCCAUUCCUGCUGAAGGUGAAACUGCUGUUGUGGAACAAACUAAGGAUGUCAAACCUUUAGUACAAGUAUUGAAUCAAAAGAUUCUUUACAAUACUUCUUCUGGUAAGGCUGCGCCUACUCCUAGUUGGGGUCGUCCUAUGGUGUGGAAAGAAUCUGAAGACUUUGUUCUUCCCAAUGAUGGAUCUUACUUCCCCAUGAAGUGUUACACCACUGCUUAGAUUAUAAUUUUUAUUUGAUACAUUCCUUUUAUUUUAUAUAUACAUACACUACCUUUACAACAAUUCUCUGUAUCAUCCUUUCCAAUUUCUUUAUCGUCAAUAAAAAGAAAAAAAACAAAGCAACAACUAUUCCAUGUUUUAAAGAAAAGAUUACUCGAAUUUGAUUUUUCAUUUGGAUCUAAGGUCGUUGUUAUUAAUAUUGUCAAGGAGGUCAUCGACGAACAAAGGGGAAAAAAAGAAAAAAGAAGGAGAAGAAGGUAAUGGAUCGUCUUAUCACGCUUUAUAGUAGAUAUGGAAGGUAACUACUCACGAGUUUCUUCAUUUCUCUCCUUGUGCGUGUGUGUGUGUAUAUAUAUACAAGGAGAACUAAGAAUAAUAAAUAAAAAG